AUGCAAAUUAGAUUCUGGAACUCUGCAAGAAAGACACAUUCAAGCAGUCAGCCAGAGUCUAGGGAUGGCGCUACUCGGGCUCGUCCUCUUGUCAUUCACAGAUCAAUACAAACAGAGCCCCAGGUCACUCACGACACGAUGCGAAUGGAGCCGGCUGAUAUCGACAUGAUGACCACAGCGAGCAUGGUCGGGCUGUCUCCACCCCGUUACGACACAGAAGCGCAGGGAAAUUCAGAGUGCUCUCCGCCAGCGUAUGCAUGUCCCAAUUUCCCCCUAUCAGGCAGCCUGGGCCUUGACUGGGCGGUGUUGAUUGAAGAAGCCCAGAGGAGGGAUAUUGAGCCGACAUAUUACGAGUUGGCACUGGCAUACAACGGCGGGGAGAACGCAUGGGAGGUAGCGGCCGAGAUUAACAAGAGCAUCAUCCAAAUGUCGAAGGCUGCCGCCCGCAGUUGCCGCGUUUCAUGGGAGCCGGGCAAGGCCCCUUGCGACCCCUGUGACCAACACCUUGUCGGCGUUACGUACAAGGCUACCGAAGCUGUUCGGCAGCUGAGCAAUGCAGCCACUGCCGAUCUCGCAAAUGUGCUUUUCGUCGCUGUGAAUGAAGCGGCCGUCACUGCUGCCUCUGAAUGGAGAAUACGGGCAGGAGAGACGGGGUGCACGCACGCUGAAACUUGCUCACAAGAUUGUGCAAAGGGUCCUCUCACCUGGUGUCAGAUGGCGGCGCCAGCUGAUGAGUAG